GUUAACACUUCGUCAUGAAGUUCGGCGGCUCGUCGCUCGCGUCAGCCGAGCGGAUGCAGGAGGUGGCCGACCUCAUCCUUAGCUUCCUCGGCGAGAUGCCCGUCGUCGUCCUCUCCGCCAUGGGGAAGACCACCAAUAACCUCCUCCUAGGACCCUCCAUUUCUAGCUCUCAGCGCCUGGGUCGGGGUGCUCGAUUCUUUCGCUUACUAGCUAACAAGGCUAGAUGUGCGUGUGCCUGAUUCGUUGUCUGUGUAGGCCGGAGAGAAGGCAGUGAGCUGCGGUGGAGGAGGGGCGUCCGAAAUCCCUGAGCUCGCUGUCAUCAGGGAGCUGAAUCUUAGGACAAUUGAUGAGCUCGGUUUAGAUAAGUCGAUAGUUUCAGGUAUGUUGUUGUUUGCUCCACUCUGCUCUUGGAACGCCUCAGCUGUUCCUCUUGCUCUAUCAUGAAUGCUUCUGUUAUACAAUGGGAUGUCGUUCUCUUGGAUGUGCCAAAGUUUUCUCUCCCCUUAGUCUGAAUAACAAUUCCUGGUGGAUGUAUGUAUGUAUGUAUUCUCUUGGAUGUGCGAAAGUUUUCCCCUUGGAUGUGCGAAACACAUUUACUCCUCACUGCAAUCCACGCCUCCACUCUCGACCCCUCCUCCUUCCUCCUCUCCCUAGGGACCGUUCUCCCCAACACGCAGGGGUAGCGUAGGAGGUGUUGUGGCGGCAUUAUCUAGGAAGCGGUCUGUGGACGUGAGGCGGAUCAACCCGAAGGUGCCUAAGGAGGAGGCUGUCACCAUCUCCGGUCGACUCGUCCAGAUCCUCUCCGACCAUGGGCCCCUCACCAUCGGCAACACCUGGAACAACACCAAGGUACCCAAUCAACCAGUCAGUCAAGCAGAGUGGCAAAAGCCGGGGAGCGAUGCAGGCGUCGGAGCAGCAACAACGGAGGACUCUGCUGGUGUAGAUGAGAAGGAAACACACAAAGAGCAUCAAAAGCAAGUUCAACGAUCUUAUGUCAACCCAUCCACCUCUGAAUGAGGCAUAUUCAGAUGUGUGUGUAUUCAGAACUCAAGAAGCUCAAGCACAAGAAGUGCCUCGUCCAGUCCCCCCAACUCCUUCAUGGAUGUCAAGUGCCAACGAUGCUUUAGCAUGUCCAAUUCGCUUGUGGCAUAGGAAUCCCAUCCUAGAUUCAAUAGAGGGGUUGCAAUGCCGGCAUCGCCAUAGCUGGAAAUCGAGCACUGACGGACACCGAGCGCCGAGAUGGGCCGUCUUGUCCACCGCCGCAAGAACCGCAUGCGUUGGAUCCAUCCUUACACCUGCUCCUACUUCCGCGCCAGCAGCCCAACACUCCGACGACACGAGCUCCUCCCUAUAAAAGUGACAUCUUUACUGUAUAGAUAACGAAUGGUUAUAGUUAUUUAUUCUUAUGUCCAAGUGGUAUUGGAUUUUUUUAGCUUGGGAUUAAAGAAAAGACAAUCAUGUACUUUGCAUCUUUUUUGUAUUUAUGUUUUAUGCUAAAUUGUGGAAUAACACUAUAUUAGUUGUUAGCAAAGAAUUUGUGAGAUAUUAAGGUUG